GGCGGCGGGCGUCACUUGUCCCAAUGUUUACAUCGGGCGGCGGCCCCUCAGCGAGUCAGCUGGUCACUGUUCAGCAUGGCCUCGCUCCGCUGUGCUCACUUAAUCUUCCGAAAAAAUGUGUUUUCAGUGAAAACUUUCAGAAUUUCACAAAGAACUUUAUGGACGUUAAGUAGGCGUGGGUGGGCGGCGCGGUUUGGAGCCUGUGUUGAUUUGCCCGGCGUGAGGCGCUGCACCACAGACAGCAGCAAGCCUAAGCAGCACAGCCUGGCCGAGGACCUACUGGCUUCCAAGGUGACGCAUGAUGGCCAGGAGUGGCAAGGGGAUCAGUCCAGUGAAAAGACUAAGCAGGAACGAGAGAAAACCUACAGGACCCUAAAGUAUUCCUUCAUAGCCUUUGGCGCCAUGAUGACAAGCAUGGGCGGCUUCCUCAUCUGGUCCUGGGGUGACCCAAAUGUUGACCAGGAUGGCAACAUUAUAGCAGAUGAGUUCUCAGACAUGAACCUGCCAAUGCAAUAUCUCAGACGCACAUGGAAGGGGAUGCACGAAGUCAACAAGAUGAUUCAAGAGCCAUCACGGGAGAAGCUGCUGCCAGACCCACUGAAGGAGCCAUACUUCCAGCCUCCAUACACGCUAGUGAUGGAGCUGCGGGAUGUGCUGGUGCACCCUGAGUGGACGUAUGAAACGGGAUGGAGAUUCAAGAAACGGCCAGGAGUUGAGUUCCUGCUUCACCAUUGUGCACCCCCACUCUUUGAGAUUGUCAUUUACACCAAUGAACAGGGAUUUACGGCAUUCCCUCUCAUUGAUCAUCUGGAUCCCAACAACUAUAUUUGGUACCGCCUCUUCAAGGACUCGACACGCUACGUUGAUGGCAAGCACAUCAAAGAUCUCAACUGUCUCAACCGAGAUCUUAACAAGGUGAUCUUUGUGGAUUGGGACAGCGAUGCCGUCUCAACUCCACCCAAUCACUUGAAGAUUAAACGCUGGGAUGGAAACAUGGAGGACCAAUCACUUCUUGAUCUUGGGUUUAUGUUGCGAACCAUUGCAGAGUCUGAGGUGAGUGACGUACGGGAGGUGUUGAAUUACUACCGCACCUUUGAUGAUCCACUGGCUGCCUUCCGGGAGAACCAGCGCAAGGCCCAUGAGCAGGAGCUGGUCCUUAGCCAAAAGGCAGAAGAAGAACGGCAACAGCGAACCUUUGCAAGCAGUUGGACACCAUCCUUCUUGCGUAAACGCUAGAGUUUAAAAUAUUUCUUCUUUCUUUGGGUCUUGGAUGCCUUCCAGUAAAUGGCUUGACCCCUGGACAUUAGUGACACUGGAAUAGGUGGAAAAUUACAGCAAGGAUGGACAUAGUCUUCACCAGGUUCAGGCAGCCUGUAGCUUUACCAAAGAUGCAUGUAAUGGAAAGAGGGAAUGUGUGGUAACAGUGGCUGCCUGGUGGGGAGAUGAAAAAUGUCAAUAGCUGAAGCUGAAGUGUGAUGGUCAGGAGCAGCUGUGUGUCCCAAUUGUUGCUCCUGAAAGAAAUGUAACUACACAGAAAAAAAAAAAAACUAAUUUCAACAGGGCUGAGGCAGGAACUUUUCUCUGGGCUAGGGCCUGGAGGUGGCAGCAUUAUCACUCAACAAAGUGUUUGCUCUCCAGUGCCUUCCUUCACUCAGAAUUUUUUAUGUUAUUAAUUUCCAGACAGUGCACUGUUAUCCUUGCUGUACACAAAUAGUCCUUGGCAGCAGCUUGGCUGGUUCGGUGGAGUCCACUUUGCCAUAAUUGAUCUCACUGCAUGGCGGACUUUGCCUGACCUGUUGUUGAGCCCAAGCCCCUCCACCUGCUAGGCAGAGGCCACAGUGACAGGCAGGAAGCAAGGAGGGGAAAGUGGAGGGAAAGGUGCACAUCUUCUCUCCCAUUGUGACUCCCUCCCACCUACCCUCCUUAUUUACAUUGUUUGUAAAUAAAUGUGUGCUUUAU